GAUUUUCACAGAUUAAUUUAGAAGAAAAUAUGCAACUUUACAAUAAUUGGAGCACCAACGAAACAAGGUUGUUUUUAGAUUUGUUUAAAAAUCAGAAAUCAAAGUUUGGAACCUACGAGUAUAAAGCAUUGAGAAAAUUGUGGGAGUUUAUUGCGAGCUCAAUAAACCAUACUCUAAAAAUAAACGUAAACUAAAGCCACUGUGAAAACAAGUGGAGAAUACUGGAAAAGGCUUACAAAAUGUAUAUAUACAGUUUCUACAUAGUCAAAACAAAACUGGUGAAUAAUCAAAUUAUACUUCGCCUCGCUGCAACAGUUUAGCACACUUGGCAACUCAAGUAUAAUUGGUGCAAGCGCCAACAGAGGGAGGAUGAAAUCACCAUCUGACAUCUCCAAAUAAAUAAUCUAUUCAGGAGGUUCAACUUCCAAACCAGAGCACCAACCCAGGGAUUUCCUGGCAAGGAGAAUUAUUGUAAUCGAAAGACAAUCUGACAUACCACCAGGAGAACACGAAGCAAAACACAUUCACCAGGGAGCAGAAUUAACACAAAUAGAGGGCAUAUACGAAGAUUUUUUGAAUUAUUUUAGAAUUCAGUUGACUACAGCAUGGCCAAGAAGUGGGAAGACAUAAGGCCUUUAUCUCAGAAGGAACUAGAAGACCUAAUACCAAAAUCUGAUGAUGAACUCGAAGAUUUUUGGAGGCUUUCUAGCGGAUCAGAAACUGAGGAUAACUUGGAAGAAGAUUUCAGUCUUUCUGAAUCAGAAUAUGAGCCCGAAACAUCUGAUAGAGAAAGCACUGACUCUGAUGAAUGUAACUAUAGAAAGCGGAGAAGAAUUAAUAGAGGGUCGAAGCCAACACAGGAACAUUUUCCAGUAGAGUGUGAUCAAGGAGAUGGCCAAGUAGACCAGCUUGCUGCACAAAAUUUGGAAGAUGAACAAAGUGUAUCAAAUGACCAGGAGAUUGAAACACAGAGACCCAAUAUAGAAAACUUCUCUCAAACAGAAAGAGGGGGAAGUAAUCAGGAUAUUAGCGAUAAUGAAGAUCUACAUAACUUGGGAGAUAAACCACAUGAAACUAUUCUCAACAAGGGGAUGCGGGGCAAAAACGGUCACCGAUGGUGUACAGUGUCCAACAUACGUAAGCGCGUUGCCCAACGAAACAUCGUUCACGUGAUGCAAGGUCCAUCUGGGGCGGCACGCGAUGCCGAUAGUCCUUCAGGUGCAUUCCAGUGUUUAUUCGACGAAUCUAUUUUUGGCAAAAUUUUGGAGCACACAAAUGCUCACAUUGCAAUAAGAUGUGAAAACUACACGGUGGCUAAAUCUACUGUUUCUACCACGACCAGACAGGAAUUGAAUGCCCUCAUUGGGUUGCUUAUAUUUGCUGGUGCCCAAAAAGACAAUCACUUGAGCACUAGGGAAAUGUUUGACUCGAGGAAAUCGGGUUCUUAUUAUAGGGCAACGAUGAGUUGUGAGAGGUUUGAAUUUCUAAUCAAUAAUCUGCGAUUUGAUGAUAAAGCGACACGUAACGAAAGAAGAACUGUCGAUAAGUUCGCGCCUAUUAGAGAGAUUUGGGAUCAAUUUGUUACAAAAUGCAACAGUUCCUAUAAACCGGGAAAUUACAUCACAAUCGAUGAGCAAUUAUUGGGCUUCAGAGGCCGCUGUCCAUUCAAAAUGUACAUUCCGAGCAAGCCUUCCAAAUAUGGAAUAAAGAUUGUGAUGACAUGUGAUAUGGGGACCAAAUAUAUGCUAAAUGCAGAGCCUUACCUUGGAAAACACACCAGCACUCACGGUGUACCACUAGCAGAGUACUACGUCAAGAAAUUGACUAAAGAUGUACAUGGAAGUAACCGCAACAUCACGAUGGAUAAUUGGUUUACUUCUGUUAGUCUGGCUGACCAGUUAUUAAAACCACCAUAUAACCUAACGAUUCUUGGAACGUUGAGACAAAACAAACGCGAAAUUCCUCCUGAAAUGCUCAACCUACAAAACAGAGAAGUAGGAAGCUCUUUAUUCUGUUUUGACCAGCAAAAGACUUUAUUAUCCUACAAAACUAAAAAGAAUAAAAGCGUUUUAGUCUUGUCUACCAUGCACGAGGGAUCCAGAAUUUGUCAAAAUACCCAAAAACCCGAGAUUAUCUUGCAUUACAACCAGACAAAAGGAGGGGUAGACGCAUUUGAUCAAAUGUGUGGAAAUAGAAGUUGUUCGAGAAAAACUCGCAGAUGGCCCUUGUGCAUGUUUUUCGGAAUGCUCAAUAUGGCAAGUAUUAAUGCAUGGAUAAUAUAUAACCAUAAUUUGCAAAAACGGGGUAAACAGACAAUAACUAGGAAGGCCUUUAUGAAUCAACUGCAUGAAGAAUUGGUAAGACCAUGGUUAGAACAACGCUUAAGAGUGCCAACUUUACAACGCUCACUCAAGCUCUUAAUCAGUGAUAUAAUUGGAUUGCCACUUCCGAACGAUCAAACAGAACCUCCUGCUCUCAGACGCACCACUUGUUAUAUCUGCCCCUCAAAAAAACGCCGAAUGACGUCACUAUACUGCACCCAUUGCCGACGCGCAUUUUGCGCAGAACAUCGUGCCCGUUGUUGUGUAACAUGCGAUGCCGAUAAAUAAUUUAUCAUUUAACACUCUUUUGAAACUCCAAAUAAACAUAUGUAAUACAAGUCUGUAAUAAAUUCUUUUGGAAAAACCUUUUUUUUGCUGCCCUUUUCACAGUCGUAAAAUAUACGAAUGGUUAGUAUUCACGCUACUUCAAUUGAAGGUUAGUAUUGCAGGGUUAAGCUGCUCACUAAUU